AUGACUUGCCCUCAAUGCGAACCAGAUCCUGUUAAGUCUGAGAUAAAUCUUUCUGAUAGCAGUGAUGACAGUGAUUAUAAAAAUGAUCUUUGGGAAGAUAAAAUCAUUAUUAUCAAUCCAGGACAAGAAUGGGAAAGUCCAGACGGUAAAGCAGUUUUCCUUACACAAGUUUCAAUGACAAUAUCUCCGACAAAUAGUGCUAAUGAUGUUGGAAUUCUUACAGCAACUACGCAAGAAGGAAAAUUUACAAUAAGCAAACUUUUCCCUCACCAGCCAACUUCAAGUCUUAAUUUAACAUUUUCGAAACUUCAAGCUUUUCAUCUAUCAAAUAGCGGAAAUAGACCAUUAAGUGUCGCUUUAUUAGUCAAAUGUUAA